ACCGGACUCACUUGGGAACUACGACUUCCGCUUCCGGUUAGAAACGAAAGAGAUACUGAGAAAGAAAAAAAAAAUGAGAGGGAAAUCGAUUAUCCAUCCGUUUCUUCUUCGUCUUGCCUGCAAUAUCCGAUCGAUUUCUUCUUCUUUUUCUCGGUUUCCUUUGAACCAGAAUUACCUACUUUACCCAAAAACAAAUCCUUCAAUCCCCAUAAAACCCAUUCCAGUUUUCACCUCUUUCACCUCUCAAAACCUUACUCUCUUCAGACCCUUCUCGGACUCACCCGCUGAUUUCUACUCACCACCCCCAUCCGAAUCCGAAUCGCCGCUAGUUCCACCGAAUGUUGUCCCCGUUAAGUCAGAAGAAGAGUUCGAUACUGCACUUAGCAAAGCUGAAGGCGAAUCCAUGCCGGCUGUUUUCUACUUCACUGCUACAUGGUGCGCCCCUUGCCGAUUCAUCGCUCCGGUCGUGGACGAGUUGGCUCGGAGAAACCCUCAUGUAACAACGUAUAAGUUGGAUAUCGAUGAGGAAGCCCUUGCAAGCAAAUUGAAAACUCUAAAUGUUACAGCUGUGCCGACUUUCCAUUUCUUUAAAGAAAGCAAAAAAGAGGAUGAAGUUGUUGGUGGUGAUGCUACGCGCAUAGUUCAAACAAUGAAAAACCUCUACGAGAAGUGAUCGUUCUUGGCGCUCUAAUUUCCCUAAGUCGUCUAACCUAGUUCAUAAGUUGCAGUACAGAUUUCGCUGCUUUCUUGAACGUGAGCUUAUGAUGUUGAUAUAACGUUCACUAAAUUAUUCAAUUUUUGUAUUCUGGUUGAACCUUUUACAUUCCUGUUCCGCAUUUACUGCUUUUUAUAAAUGGUUAGAAGCUAAGGCUUUUUUUGUU